UAUUUAAAUACUAAUUGAAAAGAGGAGAAGAGACCUGCCUUCAUGUUCUUCUCUCUCUCUCUCAAAUCUCUCUGCUCUGUUUUUUUCAAGAAAAAAGCACUUACAACGCAGAUUCUUCCUCUCUCCUUGUUGUCUUUUCUCUCUCUCUCUCUCUCUCUCUCUCCCUAUAGUUGUACCCGCGUAUAACAUUUCCACACUGUAAAGAAGACACAGACUUUUUCAGGGAAGAAGACAUCUUGUUCAAUCUAAUCUUUUCCUCUCCCGCGGCUUCCAGUUUUUUUCAAGAUGAACGACCUUUUGACGGAUUCGUUUGAGAUCCCUCGGGAUCAAGAAAAUAGAAAUCAAGAUAUUGAAAUGGGAGUGCAUAGAACAGUGGAGUCGGAAGAACCAAGCUUGGAGAAUUUCUUUAAACAGGUUCAAGAGAUUGAAAAACAAUAUGAAAAACUCAACACACUGCUGAGAAAGCUUCAGGAUGCUCAUGAAGAAUCAAAGGCUGUUACCAAAGCUGCUGCUAUGAAAGCAAUCAAGCAGCGCAUGAACAAGGAUGUUGAUGAAGUUGGAAAAAUUGCCCGUUCUAUUAAAUCAAAAAUUGAGGAGCUAGACAGAGAGAACUUGGCAAAUAGACAAAAACCUGGAUGUGGAAAAGGAUCAGGAGUAGACAGAUCAAGGACGGCGACAACAAUGGCUUUGAAGAAGAAGUUCAAAGACAGGAUGUCGGAAUUUCAGACUUUAAGAGAAAAUAUACAACAAGAGUAUCGUGAAGUCGUCGAGAGGCGUGUAUUCACAGUAACGGGGACCCGGGCUGAUGAAGAGACAAUUGAUAGAUUAAUAGAGACCGGGGAUAGUGAGCAGAUCUUUCAGAAAGCAAUCCACGAACAAGGCCGAGGCCAGGUAAUGGACACCCUAGCAGAAAUUCAAGAACGACAUGAUGCGGUCAGAGAUUUAGAGAGAAAGCUUCUUGAGUUGCAACAGAUAUUUAUGGACAUGGCUGUACUGGUGGAUGCUCAAGGGGACAUGAUUGAUAACAUAGAGUCACAGGUUUCAUCUGCUGUAGACCAUGUGCAGUCUGGAAACACAGCCCUUCAGAAGGCAAAGAGUUUGCAAAGGAGCUCUAGGAAAUGCAUGUGCAUUGCAAUCAUCAUACUUCUCAUCAUUGUCGCAAUCAUUGUCGUUGGUGUGCUUAGGCCAUGGCAGAACAAAAAUGGUGCUUAGCUCUCCAUCAGACAUGUAUUAUAUAAGUACAUUUUCCUCCAUGCGCUUUUUCUGUAGUUAUCUUUUACUUGCCAUUCACAACUCAGUGUGCACGAAUCGUUUCCAUGCAUUUCUACUUGCAGAUGUGUAUAUGUUUAAGUCCUACAAACAAAUUAUGGCCAUUGUUUGCUUUAAAUGGUCUUGAGUGAAAACUUUUUAAUGUAUAAA